UCGCAAGCGCCCUCCACUCCCCGCCUGCUACCGUGCCGCCCGCUGGCCUCCGCGCCCUGCGCCUGCCCUGCCCCCCGCACCUUUCUCCUCCUACGACGGCGCUAGCCGAGCGGGAGCCAGGAGCGCGCAGCGAGCGGCGAGUGCGAGGCUGGGCCUGGGCGGGGUUAGCGGCGAGCGCAGGCCAACGGCGGCAAGCGCGAGGCGCGGCGCCUGGUUAUGGCUAGCGCGUGGUGCGCGGACGCGCGCACGGCGGGCGCGGCGGGGCGCGGCGGCGCACAGCUGGUCCCAGGAACUGGAACUCCAUCCCCCGACCAAAGAAUCGAUCUCAAUCGAGCGGGAUUUCGACGCCCACCAAGGGUUGAGAAUUGCUAUGUAUUCAAGAGCCGCUUGCAAGAGUAUGCGCAGAAAGCUGGUCUUCCAACCCCAGAGUACCAUACCCUCAAAGAGGGCCCGUCCCAUGAACCAAUCUUCAAGUCCACAGUGGUCGUUAACAACACCAAGUAUGAUUCCCUGCCUGGAUUCUUCAGCCGAAAGGCUGCAGAACAGUCGGCCGCUGAAGUUGCGCUUAUGGAGAUAGUCAAGUCUGUUCCAGCAACUGAAGCCAAAAACAUCCCAGCAGUACAAGAGACUGGCCUGUGCAAGAAUCUUCUUCAGGAGUACGCUCAGAAGAUGAAUUACGCCAUUCCAUCAUAUAUUUGCACUAAACAAGCUUCAGGCGUAGCUCCUUUCAUAUGCACUGUUGAGAUUGGUGGCAUACAAUACAUUGGUGCUGCAGCUAGAACAAAGAAGGAAGCAGAGAUAAAAGCUGCCCGAACAGCUCUUCUUGCAAUCCAGGGUCAAUCAGAAGGUUGUGCGAAUGGUGCCACGAAGUAUAUUGUUGUUCCUGGACAAAGGGAGGUUAAAGAGACAGAUAAAAAGCCAACUGAAACCCCCAAAUCGCUCAAAGUCAAGAAAAGUGGUGGCAGAAAGAAAUGGAAUAAGCGUAAAUUCAUGAGGAAGACCGACCAGAUUGUUGAUGCUGAAAAGGAUGGAACUAGGGAGGUUGGGGAUGUUCAUGAUUCUGAUGUCCCGAUGCAGGCAACAAUAAUAACAGAGGAGCCAUCCAGAGACAGUAUAAUGCUGCAUCUUGACGGGGAGGCUAGAAGAGUGGAACUGGAGCUUCUUAGAGGUACGGCAACUCAGCAACCUGAUGAGGAAGCUAUAAGUGUAAAGCAGGGGCUUGCAAUGCUUCUACACUCCGAGGAAGCUAUAAGAGUAGAACAUGACUUAUCUAGAGACACUGCAAUGGUUGAAUCUAACAAGGAAGUUGUAAUGUUGCAAUCUGAUGAGGAAGCUAGGAUGAUAGAACUGGAGGCACCCAGAGAUCCUGCAACGGUCCAACCUAAUGAGGAAGCUAGAAGUGUAGAACAGGAGCCACUCAAUAUCGCUGAAGUGGUGAAGCCUAACAUGGAAGCUAGAAGUGCAGAGCAGGAGUCAGCGAGCGCCUAUGUAGCAUUGCAAUUUAAUGGGAGUGCUACAGAUGCGAAGGAGGAGCUGCCAAGCAAUACUGCAAUGAUGCAGCGUGAGGAAACAGAAACCAUAAAGCAAGAAGCACCUCAAAGUGGUGAGUUAGUGCAACCUAACUAGGGAUGUAUUUUUGGAGAUCAGGAAAUCUGUCCGAAGAAGAAGAGCAAAAUGUAUGAGAUGCAUUACUGGAGGCAAAUAGGUCCACGGGAGAUAUAUGAGCAUAAAAUAAAUUGCGUGUCAGAUUUGAGUAGCAUGAUCUGUUUUCUGGAUGGUUGCUUAAAUGUCGCCCUUGGAUUAUUUGGAUUCCUCUUACCUCAAGUUAUGAUUUGCAUGCAUUAUUAUGCACCAAAUACCUGAAAAUGAAAAUGUCCAGCAAGAGAAUUAUUUGGAUUUCCCUUA